UUAUUGGACUUUAAUAUGGACUUCUUCUUAUCUCCAUAGCGCGCCCUAAAUCCCCCAAAUAACUCUCAAAAUUUGCCCCCAAAUUUCCCAUUUCCAGCAACACCAAGUCAAUACAUCUAUUGUAUUUGUUCGGCUGAGAAAAAAAAAAGGGAAAGAAGGAGGUCGGGAACCGGCAAAGUUCGUCGGAUUUCACCCAUUUGUCAUCGGAGCUUCCAAAAAAAUAACUCUUUAUCUGAGUUUAUAUCACGGAUAUAGAAAAGAAUCGGGAAAAUGAAGGGAUCUGGACCUCUUGUUGCGACCGUGCUCGUUGCGUCUACAGUGGCUCUCACUUCGUCUUCAUCCGCCGAAGUCCAACAUGUUUCUUUUUCUCCAACCUCCUCCAACCAGGUUUAUUCCCCCCUUUUUAAUUAGAGCUUUUUUUCAUUCAGAAGUUAGAAAUUUGGCCUAAAUGUUUCUUUUUUCUUUAAUUUUGUAGAUAUUUUACUGGGAAAUUUUGGCUGCUUAAAUCUAUUAAUUCUAGUGCCUUGCUUCUGGAUCUAGAUUUACUCAUUUAAUUUCACUUUAGGAGCAUGAUUCAUUUGCUAAAUUAAAUAUUUGGUUCUUGAUCUUAACAUGGAACAAUUGAUUAUGUAGGAGUCACAGAACAUUGUGUCGAGGAAUCGUACGGCGUUAUUUAGGGGGUUAAAAUUGUAUUAUUAUUAAAAUUGUUUAGAUUUUAAUCGUAAUCCUUGCUGUGAUUGAAAGAUACUAUAUUUUGAACAUUCUUCUUCCAUUUCCAUCUAUAUUUUCUCUCAGAAAAUUCCAACACCAAGACCAUUAAGGGAAUUUCCUCUAUUUUCAACUAAAUCUGACCUUAUAUGGCUCUUCCAUUCAACUUGGAUGACUCAACCUAAGUUCAUUGUUGUUUUUCUUGCUCUUUUGCUAAGUUUGAGCAAUGGUAAACAUAAUGAAGUAAAGCUACAAUAUUGAACUAUCCCUGCCUUAGAAGCCAUUCUGAUUGAUAAUAAAUGAAACAAUGAAAGAGAGGAAUGCAUGUUUGUUUUUUAUGUUUUUCUUGUUUAUUUUCAGUGUGGGUUUGGCUGAGGGGCAUGGUAGGUUCUCCCGUGAAUAUUAGUCCUGUGUAGAAAGGGCUUGCAGAUUUCACCCAGAAGCUGAGCUCAGCCACAACUGAAUUGGAGAAAGCUGAAGCACAGAUUGGGAUUGAUGUUCAUGGCGCACUAAACUCAGCUCUCACAGGCUAACCGUUGUUUGCCAUUUUGUUCAUUGGAUAAAAGAGAAUAUGGUGAGAGGGAAAACACAGAUGAAGAGAAUAGAAAAUGCAGCAAGCAGGCAAGUGACGUUUUCAAAGAGAAGAAAUGGAUUACUCAAAAAGGCUUUUGAGUUAUCAGUGCUUUGUGAUGCUGAAGUUGCACUUAUUAUCUUCUCUACCAGAGGGAAACUCUAUGAGUUUUCUAGUUCUAGGAAAGAGGAUGCAAUAGCACGAGGUGACCGAGAUUCCGUUUAACAAUUUUCUUUAUUGUUGGAACAAGUCUUAUCCAAGAUCAAGAUCAAAGUACUUCACUAAGUUAUAUACGUAGGCAUUGCAAUACUUUGGCUUCAUCUAAGCUUGAACCAGCUGUUUGUUGUAUAUUGUUUCUUAUUCUUUUCUAAUCUUUUUCCUUUGAUUAAUGAGAGCUGGCGAUGAUUUGGCAUUAUUUUCUCACUAGGAUGAAUUUUGUUUUAGAAAUUGUAGUACUCUGUGUGUUUUUUUUAUGUAUUAAAUUACAUAUUGAAUCAAUGUUUAUGUAUUAAAUUUAAAUUCAUUAAUUUUUAUAUUUAACUUUGAAGUUUAAAUUUUAAUAGAAAA